ACCCCCAUUUAGGGUACUAUGCGAGGGUAGCGGUAAAAGUGACUCGUGUUCAGAGCACCGUACAAGGGCAGCGGUAGAAGUGACCCCCAUUUAGGGUACUGUACGAGGGUAGCGGUAAAAGUGACUCUCAUGCGGUGCACCGUACCUUUAGUACUCGAGUUAUUUGAAUACGAAAUAUCAAAAACAUUGCAAAAUUAACAAUUAUGAACCCAUAAUUCAAAAUUUUAAAUCAGCCUUGAAUUAUCAACGCUUAUACUCGUGACUAUUAGUUAAAUUACAGUUAAAUUUGUUUAUAAUAGUUUAGUUAUUCGUUUUCAAUCUUAGAACGGGCCUGUCUCGCACUUAGUUAUUUAAUGGUUAGUUACUUAUUUUUGCUUGACAGGUUGGUAGCACUGCCACACAUAUAAAGCUUGAUAACCUCGAACUAGUAACGCAAGAGACACGAAUUGUGAUUGUGAUCAAUUGAAAUUUAAUCAAUUACUAUAACUAAUUUAUUAUUUGUAUAUUAAUACGGACACUAAGUCCGUAUUAAGUGAUUUGGUUACAAAUGGAGGAAGAAAAUGAUAAUGAGCAAAAUUUAAUAGCUAUGCAAGCAAUGCAUGAAGCACAAGAGCAAAUGCAGGAAUUGUAUGAGGUAGAGGAAGAACAAGAAGAACAGCAAGCAGACGAAAUGGAACAGAUGCAAGAUAUGAAUGAAAUGCAACAAAUGGAAGAGUCACAAGAUUCAAUGCAGCAAUCUGUCACGCCAGAGGAAGCAGACUACAUGGAAAACUCCAACUCAAUGCAAUCUAGUGAAAACACAAUGGAUUCUAACCAAGAAGUUGAGAUUCCACCAGUGCUUGAGCAACUGCUGGCAUUCAAAGAUCAAAGAGAAGAAGAUGAGUACAAUGAGUUUCAACAAAGUGUGCAGGUUGAGGACUCCAAUUCACAAUCACAAGAAAGUGCACCAUUAGAACCUGAAGAAGAAGAUGACGAAGAAAAUACUAUUCAGGAACAAGGUGUGAUUGUACAGAAAGAAGCAGAAAAAGAGCCCAAAAAGGACCGCGACGGAAAACUGACCAAGAACCAAAAGAAAAAGAACAGAAAGAAGAACAAGAAAAAACAAAACUCACAAAAUAAAGAGCAACAGGAAAAGGACACUGAUAAAGAAAACGAAGAUGAAACUAACAAAGAAAAAGAUGACAAGGAAAAAGACGAGAAUAAGAAAGAAACUGGUGAAACAGACGUCGAAGUUGAAUAUAUUCAAGAAUCACUUGGUCUACACGAAUUAGCACCUCAAUAUCGCCAGUUUUUCCACAUUUUCGAAGCGUUCAAGAUCGCCGAUCGUAAAAACGAUAUUCCUCCUCCGAUGUUAGCAAUUCCCACAGCGUUAUCCACGAAAAUGCCAGUUCCAAUCAUGGGCGAUCAGUUCCAAGACGAACCUGAUGAUGAUCCAGACAAGAAAAACGAUGAUAAAUCUAAACUCUCCAAGCGUAAGCUGAAGAAACUGACGCGGUUAAGCGUCGCCGAACUUAAGCAACUAGUCAAUCGUCCUGAUGUCGUCGAGAUGCACGAUGUCACUGCACGUGAUCCUAAAUUAUUGGUUCAGUUGAAAGCACAUCGAAAUACUGUGCAGGUACCGAGACAUUGGUGUUUCAAGAGGAAGUAUCUACAAGGUAAGCGUGGUAUUGAAAAACCACCUUUCAAUCUGCCUGAUUUUAUUAAACGGACUGGUAUUAUGGAAAUGCGGGCGUCGCUGCAGGAUAAGGAUGAGAGUAAGACGUUGAAAGCGAAGAUGCGUGAACGUGCACGUCCUAAAAUGGGUAAAAUUGAUAUCGAUUAUCAAAAAUUACACGAUGCUUUCUUCAAAUGGCAGACGAAACCAAAAAUGACGAUCCACGGCGAUUUGUACUACGAAGGUAAAGAAUUCGAAACGCGCCUGAAAGAAAAGAAACCUGGUGAUUUAUCAGAAGAAUUGCGUACUGCGCUUGGUAUGCCCGUUGGUCCUAGCGCAUCGAAAGUCCCACCCCCAUGGCUGAUUGCCAUGCAACGUUAUGGCCCGCCUCCUAGUUAUCCUAACCUGAAAAUCCCCGGUCUUAAUGCGCCUAUCCCCGAAGGUUGUUCGUUCGGUUACCAUGCCGGCGGCUGGGGUAAACCACCCGUGGAUGAAAACGGCAAACCGUUGUACGGUGACGUUUUCGGUACGAUUAUACUCAACCUCGACGAUUUGGGCGACGACGUCGCAGUCGAACGCACACUCUGGGGUGAACUCGAAUCCGAGUCUGAGGAAGAAAGCGAAGAGGAAGAGGAACAAGAGGAUGAAGAAAAAGAAGCGGAUGAAAGCGGUUUGGUUACACCUGCUGAGGGAAUGGUAACACCCAGUGGACUUACAUCGAUCCCAGCUGGCAUGGAAACACCCGAAACAAUCGAGUUACGGAAGAAAAAGAUUGAAGCUGAAAUGGAAGGCACUGAAACACCAGUGCUGUAUCAUGUGUUGCCUGAGAAGAGGAACGAUCGUAUUGGUGGAUCCAUGAUGGCAAGCAGCCAUGUUUAUGACAUGACAGGAGUCGGAGCUCCGCCCCCAGCAGUCAUCUCAGCCCGAAGAGGUGGCGCUGCCGCUGCGCCGGAAAGAGAAGGCACAGUCGAACUUGCGCUGGAUCCUUCCGAGUUGGACAUGGAUAGCGAUGCUAUGGCGGUGCGGUACGAGCAGCAGAUCAGAGAGAAUCAAUCACAGCUGCAGAAGGAAGAUCUCAGCGACAUGCUGGCAGAGCACGUUGCUAAACAGAAGAGCAAACGUAAGCGGCAGCAGAAUGCCGACACGAAGCAAACGAAGAAAUACAAGGAGUUUAAAUUUUAAGGUAAAAAUUAAUUCUAAGUUCAUUUCUCGCAUCAUCAUAAAAUAAUUUUAUAAAUUGAGGAAGGUUAAAAAAAGAUGUUCACUCUUAAGAAAAUAUUAAUUACACUUAACAUUA